AUAGUGACCCCUUCAGCCCUGCAGUGUGUGAUAUGGCAACCAGACCCUCCUACAGCUGUGCUUGCUUCUUUACUGAUAACAUUUUCAUUGAACAAUACCAAGUGCACGUGAGGUUCACAGAUGAGCCGCAAUUCAGGAGAGACUAUGAGAGGGAGUUACAGCAUCAGGGAUGUAGAACUUCUGAUCAGUUUAAGCAUGUUUUGGAAAGGGUUCAGAAAGAAGUGCUGCGAAGAAAGAAUUUAGGUAAGGAAUCACUUUGGAGGAGAGCAGAGAUCUCAAGACUUUACAACCCGAUGUACCCUAAGAUCUAUGUAUUAAAGGAGGAAUUUUUGGCAGCUGAAUUGUUAGAAACUGUCCGAUUUUGUAAGUCUUCCCAUGCUGAUCUGGAAGGGUUGUUAAAACAACUGCAACCAGUAUUAGGUAAAAGGAUAUUCAGGCUUCCAGUAUUUUGUCCACAGUUUUGUAGAAAACUUGUAGAAGAACUAGAACAUUUUGAAAAAUCUGAUUUGCCAAAGGGACGUCCAAACACAAUGAAUAACUAUGGGGUCCUUUUAAAUGAGCUUGGAUUUGAUGACACAUUCAUUAGGCCCCUACGUGAGCGGUACCUUCAACCACUUUCUGCUCUUCUGUACCCUGACUGGGGAGGAGGAGCCCUGGACAGCCACAAAGCUUUUGUAGUAAAAUACUCUACGCAAGAGGACUUAGACUUGUCCAGCCAUUAUGACAAUGCAGAGGUCACCUUAAAUAUUUCUCUUGGAAAAGAUUUUACAGAGGGAAACUUGUACUUUUCAGAUAUGAGACAGGUACCAGCCAAUGAGAGGAGAUACAUAGAGGUUGAGCAUAUGAUCGGUCAGGGGAUAUUUCACCGGGGGCAACACGUUCAUGGAGCUCUUCCAGUUGCAUCUGGAGAAAGAUGGAAUCUUAUCAUAUGGAUGAGAGCAUCUGCAGUGCGUAAUGAACUGUGCCCUAUGUGUGACAGGGAGCCACAACUGGUUAAGAUUUUAGGGGACGGUGAUGGGUUUACAAAACCAGAACAACAUAGAGUAGAAACUGUAGACGUCUGUUCUGUAAUUUAACUGUACAGCAGCAGAAAAGCACGUUUCAUAUUAAAGGGAAAUUAAAAACUGUUUUUUCCCUUUCAUUAUUCAGAUAGAACAUACAUUUUUUUAUAUCUCUUUAUCAAUCCUCAAGUGGAAUUACAAAAGAGAAGUAAUACAAUACAUGAUGCAAUAUCAGCGUGGGUACAGUUCUAAAGAAAGAUAAUUAUGCAAAUGUCAUCUCAAAAGCAUAUAAAUGGUUUAGUUCCCACUUGAGACUUUAUUUUUCAUUUUAUAAAUAGAAACUAAAAAUCUGAGAAAAUAAAUCAACAAAAACUAACAAGAACGCUCAGCUGUCAAAACAUAAGUCUACUCAUACUCACCAAGUGACUCCUAUGAGACAGCGCCGGGAGGAAACAUGAGGCCGCCCAGAGAUUCCAACAUACAUCUCAAAUAAUCUAUGGAACUGUUCUUGAAAUUGUCUGUAUAUUUCUGGGGUGUAAGAAAUAGUCAUGUGUCUUGGGUUACAACGCUCCAGCAGCAUAUUUUGAGUUGUUCUGUCAUUAAAUAAGUGCUUGGGUUUAGUAUCCCUUUAAAGGGACAUGAAACCCAAAUGUUUUCUUUCAUGAUUCAGAUAGAGAAUACAAUUUGUUUCAUUCUCUUGGCAUCAUUUGUUGAAGGAGCAGCAAUGCACUAAUGGUUUCUAACUGAACACAUUAGUGAGCCAAUCACAAUCAAUAUAAAUAUACAGACACCAAUUAACAGCUAGAACCUAGGUUUUCUGCUGCUUCUGAGCUUGCCUAGAUAAACCUUUCAACAAAUGAUAACAAGAGAAGGAAGCAAAGUGUAUUCUCUAUCUGAAUCAUGAAAGAAAAAUUUUGGGUUUCAUGUCCCUUUAAGGAAGGGGGAAAGCAGUUAAUUGCAAACUACAAUAAGGAAGUGCAUUAGAUAAGACUCCCAUUUGGUUAGGAAGGACUUGAUUCUAUGUUUAAUGUCUCCUUUCACAUUUGCUUGUUCUAUGAGAAUCUGAGUGGGAGAUAUCCAGUGUUUGAGUAUCAGUUUCCUGGCUAUUAAUAUAGAGAGAUUAAAGAAGCGGUCAUGUAGAGAAGGUUGAGUGUUACCAACUAGGAAAAACACACAUUGCAUCAAUAAGAGUAUUUGUGUGCGGCAGAAUUUAGUCAGCUAAUACUUAAUUUUACCCCAAAAUUGACUUAUCUUGGGGUAGCUCCAAAAGAGAUGUACCACAUCCAGGUUAGUUGCUGAGCAUUUAAAGUACUCAUUUAACACAUCUGGGACCCAAUUUGAUCUCAAUUUAGGUGCAAUGUAGCUGAGAUGAGGGAAUUUAGUGUGCGUUUCUCUAUAGUCAAUUGUAAGUGUGGCUCUACGUACCAGUUCAAUCCUGGUGCUGAACGUACCCUCAGUGACCUCUACACCAGUAAUGCUUUUCAGUUUCUCACAUUAAUCCAGCAUGACAGUGGGUAUCAAUUUAGCCUCAAAUUGUAGAUGUGAGAAAUUGAAUGAAUGCUCUGCCUAGCUAGCGAGCAUAGACUGUCAACAUUGGUUGUUUUUUUUGCAGUCUAGUCCUGCUGGGAGUUUGUGUAAUUAGUGUGUGCUUUGUAGGUAUGCAAAAGAACUAGUGUGUGGGAGAUCAGUGAAAUCAGUUGGUUAAUGUUAGCAUCUAAUAGCUAUGCCAAUGUGGUCAUGCCAAAAUUAGCCCAUAAUCUAAACAUUUCAGUGGUUAUUACUGAUAGAAAAGUGGGAUUGCCUCAUAAAGGUAAUACGCAGGAAGUAAAAAUAGCCUUUGUUUAAAGCAAUAUCUAGAUUAAAGUACGUCAGUCUAAAAACCAGUUACUAUAUUUACUUUAGAAUCACGGGUAUGUAUAGUAUGAAACAAACCCAGAGAGUAAAAAUAUCUCUCUAAAACCUUUGUAAUAAUUACGAUAAGAAUAUACUAACAAAUAUUUAAUGAGCAUAAGAACAAUAAGUAAAACAUCAAAGAAUCAUAAGACUAUCUGAUAGCUAAGAUCUUCUAGGACUCAGAGGAAAUAAAACGGACGUAAUUUUUAUAAGGUUUGUAACUAGAUUUAAAGAGGUAGCCCAACAGUAAAAAAUAAAUGUUUAUCCUAAUGAGCGUGGGUCAAAACUAGGAGGUGAGACAUAGCGUAGAGGGAAAAAGAGAGAAGUCUCAGCAUCAUAAUAUACAGUGAGGAAGAAGAGGAAAAAUAAAGGGUGAAACCAUCUCCCUCUCUACCUCCGCCCCCACAAGCCUCUCCAGAUUGCAUCAUCUUAAGUUAACUAGCCAAUUAGCCCAAGAGACCCAAAUUGUGCCAUGAAGCGCAUCUUUGCCAUACACUCUUAGACAAUACUCUUCCAUCUUCCUGAGAUAAAGGCUAAUGUCCAUAACCUCUCCCCAGGAUGAAGCAGUCUGUUUCAGCCAUAGACGCGCUAUUGCCAAUUUAACCGCAAGAAGAAUGUAGAUAAAGAAUUUAGCCUAUUUAGAGGGCCUCCUCAAACCCAUAUGAAAGGAUACAAUAGAAAACAAAGCAAGUUAGAUAACAGGUAAAUUGGAAAGUUGUUUAAAAUUGCAUGUUCUAUCUGAAUCAUGAAAGUUUAAUUUUGACUUUAGUGUCCCUUUAAUUUUAUGUAGUAAAAAAUAUCUUUGAAACAUAUUUUUAUUAUUUAUUGUGUGCCCCCUUUCCUGUAAUGUCAGUUUUUAAAUUGUGUGCUUUUUAAUUCCUUCUAGAAAGGAACAUGUAGACUCCAGAUUUAACACAGCUAUAUUCUAUGCAGUCAUUGGUUGCACAUUCUGGUGACUCAUUUAUAGCUAUCCCUGAUUGGCCUCACAAGAGUGAAACAGGUUGCAACAAGGCUGUGGUCAUUGCUUUAUACAGGCUAAAAACAUACUAAUUCUUUCUAAAAAUACGUCUGGAUAUUAGUCUCAAGCUAUUGUUUGCUUUGAAUACAUAAUUCUGUCUAACAUUUAUUCAGUGUUUUAUGUCCCUUUAAUUAAAUUUCUGCUUGCCAUUAUAACACUCAUUUUUUUUUAAUUUUAACUGCUCCCUAAGAUAAAAGGGUCAAAGGGCGCAGCAAUCAUUCAUUUCCCUGAAAUGUGGACAUAUGUGCAAUAACCUGCAUAUGAAGGUAUAAUUCACUAAAUAGCUAUUGUUAGCAUCUAAACAGUUUACAAGUUCAUAAAAUGAUUACUAAUUGUCACUGUUGCUUUUUAGUGAACAACCUAAAUGUGCUUAUAUUUUUCUUUUCCUUUUAGAGAGUCUGUUCAGAAGUUUUCUUACUGUGGUGUUUAUUCCUAUUUUUCUCAUUAUUACAUAUAAUCAAAUGGUCCAGAGGUGGUCCCUACUUUCAUGUUAUUUUUAUGUUCUAUCAGAGUUUAACUAUAUAUUUUAAAAACAAAUGUAGAGCUAUAAUUAGCAAAAAGGUCCAUGAGUGUCCGUUACUUUAAUAAACCCCUUAGAUUAUAAAAAUCUUCUUGAUAUAGAGAACCGAGAGCUCCCUCUAUUGCUGUAGUGAAUUGAGAAAAGGGGGUUGCUUUCUUAUUGUAUAUUUAAUUUUGUCCUACAGGUAUAUUUUGUAAUACAUAUACUUUUUCUAUUGCUUUUCUUUUAUGCCUGUAUGUUUUUCAUCAUUUCUUGCAUCCUCAAUAAAUAAAAAAUAAAUAAAAAAA